GAUCGUAAAGUUAUGAGAGCUAUAGCAAAACUUGUUUCCUAUCCCAACAAAUAUAUUUCGAUUUUCUUAUUCAAAAUUAUGCCGGAAUUAAUCCAUUUAGGCAUAUUAUCACUAUGCAUUUUUGUCAAAUACUAUCAAAUUUUCACGGCGCGGCGUCGCUACGCCGCGGAGGUGAAGAGCAGCCGCAGGCAGCUGCUCCGGCCGCCGCCGGAUUCCGACGAGUGCAGCGUCUGCUUGUCGGAAUUUGCGGUGGAGGAGUGCUGCCAGUUGGCAGCGUGCGGCCACACUUUCCACCGGCGGUGCGUGGAGAGGUGGCUGAAGGGGUACGUCUCGACGUGCCCGCUCUGCCGGGCGGAGGUGGUGCCGGAGGCGGUGGCGGCGGAGCACCGGUGGCUGCUAGCGAAGGAGGAGGAUGAUUUUGUUGAGAAGGAGUUUGCUCUAGUGUUGUUGAAUGCUUUGAAUGUUGGGAGAUGUAAUAAUGGAUAUUUUUAAGUUGAAAUUUGUUAGUUUAAUUCUUUUAAUCAUUCAUACAUAUACUAGGGAGUAUUAGUUAUGAUUGUGUAAAUUUAUGCAUGCAUAUAUGCAUUGCAAAAAAUAUAAAAUAAAUAUUGUAUUCGAUUUUAAUUGUCGAUACAUUUAUAAAUGUGUCAAUUAUAAUUUAAUAUAUAUAGACAUAAU